CCAGUGACAAAAUCGCGGCAUCACUGACGAAAAAAAAGUCGGCGCUCGUUUUUAUUGGUGCAGCUCAAAUAGCUCCAAACUCACCAAUUGGUAUUAAAAAGCGAUUGCGAUGCCCGGGAUUACGACGACUAUUGAACAGUUUCAAGAAGUUGGGAAAUUGUAUUGUACGAUUGGUCGACGAAUACAAUACAUCGCAAACUUGUGCAAAAUGUUUCCGGCCAUUCGAUCGACGAACCAAAAGCGAUCGAUACAAAGUUUGUCAGCAUUGUAUUCCAAGUGAAGAUGAGUCAUCGCAAUGGAAUUUACCGAACGUGAUUAUCACCAUGAAAAGCAACCGAGUGUACCAACAAUUGCGUAAAUAUGCAGUUGAUUUUGUUAAUCGAUUGAAUGCAGCCAACCCAGAUCAUAUUCCAAUGGAUUCAGAUGGUUUAGUGUCAAAACUUCAAGUAUGUUUCAAAAACUGGCAACUAAACACUGGCAUUUGGAAAGAUGAUCGAGCUCCAUUUCAAUUGAAAACUGUUUGGCACCGGGAUAUCGUUGCAGCCAAGAACAUCAUGUACAAAGGUCUUUGUACGGUGUUGGGAUUGGAAAUUCAUCCGCAACUAUUGAGACCACAGAAUCAAAAUGCUGCCGUACAAAAUCAAGCAGCUGACGAUGAGGAUUCCAGUGACGAUGAGGACUACGUUUAUGUUCUCGAUGUUUCCGAUGACGACCAGUUUUAAUUACAUGUAGCAUUAAGAUUUCUUUUUAAAUAAUAUUAUUGUAACGUUUUGUUACUAUGCUGGGCUUGAGUUUUGUGGCCUUGACCGAAGUACGGGCAGUUCGGUAUAUAAAAUAACCCGU